UGAUUUUUCCGGGUGUUCACAGCUUUUACUGAAUAAUAUCCAACAGCAGCAGACUUCCCUAGACAGUAGUCUGUCUGCGACCAGAGGGUGGAUGAGACUAACAUAAAGAAUUUGGUGAUUGCUGGUAACCGACACGGUUCUGAUCUCGUUCAAACCUCUGCGAGAAAGUCAUUUGGAAGGAAGAAUGCCGGGAAUCAUAAGUAAAAAUUAUGAUAUGGAGUUUGACUCCUUACAGCCUUGCUUUUAUCCGGAUGAAGAUGAUUUUUAUUUCUGUGGUCCUGACUCUGCUCCACCUGGGGAGGACAUCUGGAAGAAAUUCGAGUUGCUACCGACACCACCUCUCUCUCCAAGCAGAGCAGGGCUCCCUGGAGAGCUUGCCUCUGGAUCCGGUGACUCGGGUUCGAUGGGAUUUGGUCCAGCAGACCCGCUGGACUGGGCUUCAGAGCUCCUUCUGCUUCCCGAAGACGACCUCUGGGGAGCAUCAGAAGGAGACCUGUUUGGCUCAGCUUUGGAAAGCAACCUGAACUCGAUUAUUAUCCAGGACUGUAUGUGGAGUGGAUUUUCUGCAAGGGAAAAGCUUGAACGGGUGGUGAACGAGAAGCUCGGGAAAGCGAUUUCAGCUGUCGCUACUUGUGGAGUGAGUCACAGCACAGAAAACAAGGCAGCUGAAUUGAACAGUUCGGUUUCGGAGUGCGUGGACCCUGCUGUGGUUUUCCCUUUUCCGGUCAAUAAAAGCACCGGCAACAGACGCUCAAAUGGAGUUAGUCCUUCCUCAGCUGGUGGUAACAUCAAGGACGACACCCCGAGUGACUCUGAUGACAAUGAAGAUGACGAGGAUGAUGAGGAUGAUGAAGAAGAGGAGGAAGAGGAAGAAGAAGAAGAAGAAGAAGAGAUUGACGUAGUUACAGUGGAAAAGAGACGAUCAACCACCAACAGGCCAGUGACUACUCUAACCAUCACUGUUAGACCCAAAACUAACAGCAGCAGCGGCGGCAGCAAUGGUGCAGGCAGUGGUAUCGGUUCUACAGGUGUGACAAAGCCUCAGCAAGAGGUGAUCCUCAAAAGAUGUGCUCCAAUCCACCAGCAGCACAACUAUGCAGCCCCCUCUCCAUACACAGAUACAGAAGAAGUACCCGUGCCACCGAAGAAAAUAAAGAACGACGUAGGUCGGCCUUCCAAGAACAUAAUACCCCAGAGAUCCAAAAGCACGAGCCCCCGAAAUUCAGAUUCAGAAGACAGUGAGCGGAGGCGAAACCACAAUAUUCUCGAGAGGCAGCGGCGCAAUGACCUGCGGUCGAGUUUUCUCACGCUACGGGACCACGUGCCAGAGCUCAUCAAAAACGACAAAGCUGCUAAAGUGGUUAUUUUGAAAAAAGCCACAGAAUACGUACACUCCCUUGAAGCAGAUGAACAGAGGCUUCAGUUGGAGAAAGAGAGACUUCAGAUUAGACGCCAGCAGUUGCUCAGAAGGUUAGAGCAUGCAAGGACUCGCUAAACUUCAUCCAUCAAGACUUUCUGCCACUUUUGCACAUGUUUUGACGUUAAGAAUGUCAGGUUUACUUUCAAUCCAGUCACAUCAUAUAUAUACAGAUGGAACAUUGUUUUAACUUGGCCAUAUUGCCUAAGAUCAAAGACAGUUAUAAUUGAAUGGACAAUGAAAUAGCAUCUGCAGGCCUCUACUUAAUUUCUUUUAAGGACAAUGAUGCCAAACUUUGGCCAUAUUUAAGGCAUUUAAACUUAUUUUUCAUUCCUCUUACUGGUGCUCAAAUCUGAAAGGGUAUGUUUCAAGGUGAACCUUAAACCUGUGUACCCUGCUUUUGUAAAUAUUUACACAAUCUGCCUUUUUUGUACAACAUUUUUAGUUUCUUUUUUUAAUGUCAAAGCUGCCAAUACUAGACUGGAAGUUUAUAUUCCUUAAAAGUACUGUAAUACCUCAAUGUUUGAGGAUCUGAAAACUUUGUAAUAUAACAAAUAUAUUGUUACUCCGUUAUGUACUGUACUAAUUCUUACACACCUGUAUACUUUAGUGUGACGCUGAUACAUAACUAAAUUUGAUACUUAUAUUUUCGUAUGAAAAUGAGUUGUGACUUGUAAGUAGAUAUUACUUUAUCCCUUGGUUUUUGGACUAAAUUUUUUUGUACAGAAAUUCUCUAUAAGCAUUUACCUAGCCUUUUUUUCUUCUUGUUUAUGUUUGUUACUGUUGGGUGCAUAGAACUGGGUAAAUGGAAAAGGUCUUUGUUCUGUUGUAUAUUUAGUGCUGCAACUCAUAGCACUUUGAAAUACCUCAUGUUUACGAAAAUAAAUAGAAAAUUA